AUGGCUAUGGGAUAUGACAAUUACUUGGAGGAUCAAUAUAAGGUCCCCAUUCUAGCAAGAAUUUUGCAUUCCUUGCCACAUUUGAACAUAACAUUUCAUCGUACCAAUAAUACAUUCCGGCCAACUGAUGAAAUAUAUCUUGAGAGUCUUGGAAUUUUGGGGUCACUUCCAGCAGCAGCGCUCAUUCUUUCACUUUUCUGUCUUCUUUUGUAUUUGAUGUCUCGCUGCUGCGAUCGGAAACCUCGACCGGCUCAUUCAAUAACCAGCUUGAAAGUUACAUUGUCGAUUGUCACCGUUCUUUGUUGUGCUGCGAUUGGUUUGGGUUUAUAUGGAAAUGAUGACCUACACAAUGGACUUCUUGAAGUUUUAACUGCUGGUCGAAAAGUAGACAAUUUGGUUUCUUCAGUACGCAAUCAAACGAAUGCACUUGAAUAUACUUUGACACAGAAAAUUCGACCUCAAUUAGCAGAAUUAAAAGACCUUUUUGGCGAACCUGUAUCAAAUCAGACCGCACUGUCCAUUCUGUUUAACUCUCUGGAUAUGGUUCAAAACAAUAUUACAAUUGCGAAGAGUGCUGCUGGAUAUAUCCGAAGACCUUUAGUGGGAAUUUCUUUGAAUCACAUUUUAAAUAAAGGAGAUCAAUAUGAAUUGAUUCGUUGGCCAGGAACUGUUGCAAUUCUAGCAUUGCUGCUCGUCCUAUGUGCUGUUUUACUUGUCGGCGUUGCGCGUCAUUCACGUUGCGCUUUAAUUCUAUUCUCAGUUUGUGGACUUGUAGCUGUCACUGGGUCAUGGUUGAUGUCGGGAAUAUAUCUUUCAGUAUCUGUAGCCAUUGGAGAUCUUUGUGCAAAUCCCGCUGAAUAUUUAGUUUCUCAAUCACCAUCAGGACUUUCACAAGAUGUUCUUCUAUAUUACACGCAAUGCGAAAGUAUUCGACCGAAUCCUUUUACACAAAGAUUAAGAGAAUCUCAAACUGCUAUCAGCAGUGCUCGUAAUUCGAUGACGACUGUUUCAAGGGUAUCAAUGGCUUUGUUCAAGAAACUUCCGCAACCAAAAUUGAGUUCAAUUGUUUCUGAUCUAAAUACAAGUGAACGAUUAUUGACAGGAUUAACGGCACUAGUCGAUUGUCAACUGAUACAUUACAACUAUCUAAUAGCAACACGAGGGCUAUGUGAAGGCGGACUACUCGGCCUAGCUUUGAUGCUUGUUGCGAGCUUUUUAGCGGCAUGUCUUUUGACAAUAAUGAUUUUCAUUGACUCUCACACAUGGAUUUACAUUCGUAAAAGAAACGACUACGCCCAGGUGGAAGAACAACAAUACGCGAUUGCACAGCAGCAAGCAGCACAACAACAGAUGCAGACACACCAAAAUAUGAAUCACAGAACAUUGCCAAGACAACAGAACGGCCCUCCUGUCAUAAGUGGAUCUCAUACAUUGCAACAUCCUUCAAAAAAUAAGCAUCAUGAUGCAAUGAUGGCGGCUCAAAUGCAAGCACAACAUCACCAUCCACAGAUGAGACAAAUGGGAUUGGGGACUCAGACAUUGGGAAGACAUCACAGCCCAAAUCAUUUGCGUCAGAAUAGUGCUUGCACUGACCAUUCACAUCCCCAUCCACAUGUUCAACCUCAUCAAAAUCUUUAUCAAACUCAGCAACAAUUACAAGUACAACAGCAUGGUCACUACAAACAAUACAAUCCAAAUGUUUCAUUCACUGAUAAUCUGCCACCACCUCCCCAGCAACAGCAAAUGGUCAUUCCUCCACCACAAAAUUCACAAAUUCCUAUUCAAGAUCAACAACAGCAGCAGCAGCAACCACCACCACCACAACAAUAUGUUGUUACGUCAGGAAACUAUACUCAUGGUCCAUCUGCUGCACCGUUGGCUGUUGUGACGUCGAACAACUCAAUUUACGUUCAAUCGGCAACAAAUACAUCACAAAAUCCGACGUCAUCAGACAAUUCAUCGGUAUUUGAGCGUGAUAAGCAUAUUUAUAAAUGUUCCACAUUAGGAAGGCAUGUUGGCAAAUAUAACGAACAGCGUCAAAAUUUGGUGCCUGCUGUGAUUCCAACAGUCCCGCAGAUUCCAAAAUUUAAUGGACAAACUCAAAUCAUGACCACAACAACUGCUGCAAAUAACCAAACGUCAUCCAAUAAUUCUUCAACUCUUCGGCCUUCCAUUCAGAACUGUCCACUGCCUGAUAUACCAAAUUCUCAAACAAGUACAUUCAAAAGUAACAACGACACUAUGACUGUAGUCAAUGAUUUACCACAGACUAGAUUUUACACCCAAAAACGACCAAUUGGGAAACCAGUGGCAUUGCCAAAGAUAAGCUCAUUUGAAUCAAAUCAGCCUCCAUAUUUGAAUAACAGCAGCAACAAUAAUAAUAACAACAACAAUCAUCCAUCGCAAACGAACAGUGAUAAUAAUAGCAAUAUCAAAAGCACAAUAGAAAACAACAACAUGAACUCCAUAAAUCCAAUUAGCCAAAUAAACAACAAUCAAAGGCAACAACAUUUAUUACAUCAUCAACAACAGCAGCAGCAGCAGCAGCAGCAACAACAACAACUUCCACCACCACCAACUGAUGACAACUAUGCAGUUACUGAAUUAUGA